UCACAGCUGACCAGUCGUUGUACUUAUUACCCAUGAUCUGGUGGUCGAGCCACAGUUCCGGAGUCGCUAGAGAGUUAGCAUCAUGGUUGUCCACAAACUUUGGCUGAUUACCCUUGUGAUGGUGCUGUUCAAUGCUAAUCUUUCUUAUGCAUCCCAGAUAUUGCACCCUCUUGGCAAGCCGGGGAUACAGCCCUUGGUGAUCAACAUUACAGCCAAUCAGGACACUAAGAUGGCCAUGUAUUACGCCAGAUUCACAGGUCCCUCCGACACCGAGGCGUUAUUUUUUGAAGGAACAUUCAGGAAAGUAUCAACUUCAGGAACAACCUCCGUUUUCGAAGCUGUUUCUGAGUUUUCUUUUUCCGGUUAUGCAAGGCGUAGAAUUGUUUUGGAAUCUCCUUCCACAGCAGAUUUCUUAAGAGUUGAGAAUGAUGUAGAUCAAAGCAUUUACGAGACCGAGUUUGCUAGAAUCCCGUGCGAGUUCGAGGUCAAGAAAUCCCAGGAUGACGGGGCAGGCAUUGUCCAGUACUCGGUCAGAGCGGAGAACUGCGACUUGGAUGGGCAAUACGCUGGAGAGGGGUUCGAGUCGUUUAAGUCCAUUGGCACAAAGAUCACCAAAUCUGGGGAGGAAGUAGGUUACGCUUUAUUGGAUUACCCUGGAAAGCAGGUACCUCCCGAUUACAUUUUUGACUACUUUAAUAUGACUGGCGACACAGGAUAUAACACAGGAUCCAGGUUUCUCGGCACCAUGACGUUGAACGUGAAGAAAAUGGCGGCAGAUAAUGUUCAGGUUAAACCACCGAUGUUCAAAGAUUUCAACGUCAGAGCUACACCGUUUGAAAUGCUGGAAUGGGCGUACAUGUAUAUAAUUUAAUUCUGAUUGUAACGCCUCAUUUGAUUGGCUAAACAAAUUCAUAUAUAUCGUAUAACAUAACUUGCCUACGUCACAAUACGACGUUACGUUUUAAUUUUGUACAAACUAACAUCCUUUAACUAAUUAGUGGGCCCUAUUUCCUGAUUUUAGUACUAAAAAAUUAAAUUAUACGUAAUAAAUUUAAGUUCUACCUAUGUUAUAGGAGUAUAACAUAACUUGGAACAGUUUACGCUUUUUUAUAAACCGCUUUGCAGUUUAUAAAGCGUAAACUGCCCCAAGUUAUAUUAUAUCGUAUAACAAAGGUAGAACUUAAAUUCAUUCCUUAAAUAAAAACGUGAUGAAGAAAAUGUAAUCCUCAAAUCAUUGAAAUGAGUUAUACCCAUGUAUGUAAAAAUGAGUUCAUUAAACUAUGCAUCCAAA